AUGUUGCAGCAGCGGUGGAGAUGUGGCUGCGUGAGCUGCUACACCCAUCGGAUGGCGAACCAGCUCAAGAGCCUGAUUGACUUCCUCCAGAAGGGGUCGAUCUCAGAGAUCGCUGGCAAGCUGUCAUGGUGGUUUGACGCCCAGGCCAUGCUGGAGACUCUAGAUCUCAUUCUCACAUACCUGGGCGAGUCUGAGGAUGCUCGGAGGGGCACCCCUGGUGACUUUCUGGAGGCCGUAGGGGAACUAGUUACAUAUAUCGAUGGCGAGGCCUCGAGAGACUCCUGGCCUUGGAAUCAUGAGGAUGUACAGGAGGCAUUGAAGAAUUUGAAGCGCAGCUUUGAGAAAUGCAAGUCAUUAGGACUAGGUGUUGGAGCCGAGGAGGCGAGCAUCCAGGCUUUCCCUCUGGACCCGCAGCUUUGCUUCCCUAUUGACGACGGUAGCCCGGUUCAGGCGCAAUAG